GUACCAGCAGGAUUCAGCUCUUGUGAUGCCACACCCGCAAUGGCCCCUUAUAUCAUCCCCGUUAUGCGUCCGCCCGCCUGUCACCCCCAAUUGACCCGUCUCUCCCGUCCGUCGCUCCUCCACCCUCUCCCGCACCGCCGCUUUCAUCCAUCGUGGGCGCGCUGAGCCUCGUCGCAUACCCGAACUCGCGGCGAUCAUCGCGUGAUUCAGCCGCGAUGGCCCUCCAGUACCUCGCCACCAGCAACGGCUGGCUGUCGUUCGACCACUGCACCCCCGUGCUCUAUGUAACCGCCGAAGACGAAGAGUUCGACACCGAGACUCUGCGCGCAUGGCGCGACGAGGGCUUCAACGUGAAGUACGUGCCCAUGGGCAAGGGUGGGAAGACAUACGUCAAUACGUUGCAUCAUCUGGGCGAUAACAUGAGCAUUGGCGAGCGCUAUGCGAUCGUAGCAUUCGGGGACGCAGCCUCCGUAUGUCUAGAGGUAUACUCUGAGCCGAAGACGUCGACUUCCAAGCUGUGCUCCCUAAUAGCAUACUAUCCGUCGUCCAUUCCCGACCCGAGACAGCGCUUCUCCGCGUCGUUCCGUGUGCUAGUGCAUCUUGCGCAGGGCUCGGGCCCUGAAGACAAUAGUGUGGGCGUUACGCGACGACCGGAAGUGCUUGGUCUACAAGGGAAGCGGAAGACUGUGCGCAAGCGCAUCACGUCAGGAAUAGGCGCGGGCGGCCUACAAAGUAAGAUCGAAUACCCAGCGUUUACGUACGAAGGCGUCGAUCCCGGAUUUGCCGAGCAUGAUCUGGACGAGUACGACGCAGUCGCAGACGCUUUAGCCUGGAGCAGAAGCUUGAGCAUGGUGCGACGCGGCUUCGGCGCAGAAGUCGAUCUCGAACGCGUGUGGGAAGACAAUGUGGAAAGCAAGUUCCACACGCGAAACGCGAACAAAUUGCUCGAGACCUACGUAGCACACCCCACACCCUUCGUCAACUUCACUCCUACUAUGACCGGCGGCAUGGGCCACGAAGAACUAAAACGCUUUUACCGCGACUACUUCCUUCCCAACGCUCCGCCCUCAUUUCACAUGCGACUCAUCUCGCGCACUAUCGGCGUGGACCGCAUAGUCGACGAGCUCUACAUCCAGUUCAAGCACACGACGGACAUGCCUUGGGUGCUUCCCUGUGUCAAGCCUACCAACAAGAAAGUCGAAAUCGUCGUAGUCAGUUUGGUAGGCAUGAGAGCUGGCAAAAUUUGGAGCGAGAGGAUAUACUGGGAUCAGGCGAGCGUAUUGUUUCAGGUAGGAUUGCUGGAGCCGGAAGAAGUUCCUGAGAAGUUCAAGAAGGAAGGAUUGGAGAUGCUGCCUGUUGCGGGGAGUGAGGCUGCGAGGAAGAUCAUGGAUUUCGAGGCUGAGGAAAGUAAUGAUAUGAUUGAUGAUUGGUGAACUCGACGAUACUGGGAAAAGAUUGAGGAUUGGUGUUCCGGUACUGGAUCUCCGGGUUGAUACCUUGGUUAGCAAUGGUUUCCACAUCUUUGUUCUUGGACACAUAUUGGUUGAGAAUGACUCUUAUUUUUG